CUGCCCAAGCAGGGUCUGAACCUUCACCGCCUCCAGCCCACGCGCGCAGGGGGCGUACACGUGGUGACCUGCCCCAGGCCAGUUCCCGGCCCUGGCUCCUCCUCCCCCCAGCUCUUGCUCCGCUGUCUGCAGUAUCACGUGCAGCCGCGCCGGGUGCAGGAUGGCGGCGGCGGCGGCGGCGGCGGCGGCAGCCGCGGUGGGUGUCAGGCUCCGGCACUGCUGCAGCCGAGGCGCUGUGCUCCUGCUCUUCUUCUCCCUGUCUCCUCGGCCCCCAGCCGCCGCCGCUUGGCUGCUGGGCCUUCGGCCCGAGGACACCGCUGGAGGCCGCGUGUCCCUGGAGGGGGGCACCCUGCGCGCGGCCGAAGGCACCAGCUUUCUCCUGCGCGUCUAUUUCCAGCCCGGGCCCGCGGCGCCUGCUCCUCCGGUGCCCGCACCCACCCUUUCCCCGGGGGAGAACGGCACCGGCGACUGGGCUCCGCGGCUCGUGUUUAUCGAGGAGCCCCCGGGCGGGAGUGGCCUGCUGCCCAGCGCUGUCCCCACGCGCUCCCCGGGGCCGCAGCGCUGCCGCGAGCAGAGCGACUGGGCGUCGGACGUGGAGGUCCUGGGGCCCCUGCGCCCCGGAGGCGUAGCAGGCUCUGCUCUAGUCCAGGUGCGGGUGCGGGAGCUGCGCAAGGGCGAGGCAGAGCGGGGCGGCGCGGACGGUGGCGGGAAGCUCUUCUCGCUGUGCGCCUGGGACGGGCGCACCUGGCACCACCACGGCGCCGCCGGCGGCUUCCUGCUGCGCGUCCGCCCGCGGCUGUAUGGCCCGGGCGGGGACCUGCUGCCCCCCGCGUGGCUGCGGGCGCUCGGGGCGCUCCUGCUGCUGGCCCUGUCCGCACUGUUCAGCGGCCUGCGCCUGAGCCUGCUCUCGCUAGACCCGGUGGAGUUACGGGUGCUGCGGAACAGCGGCUCAGCCGCCGAGCAGGAGCAGGCGCGCCGCGUGCAGGCCGUGCGCGGCAGGGGGACCCAUCUGCUUUGCACCUUGCUCCUGGGCCAAGCCGGAGCCAACGCGGCCCUGGCCGGCUGGCUGUAUGCCUCGUUGCCGCCGGGCGUCGGGGGUCCGGAGGAAGACUACGGUGAGGCGGGGAUUCACUUCCCGUGGCUGCCGGCGCUCGUGUGCACCGGCGCCGUGUUCCUGGGCGCCGAGAUCUGCCCCUACUCGGUGUGCUCGCGGCACGGGCUGGCCAUUGCCUCGCACAGCGUGUGCCUGACCCGGCUCCUGAUGGCGGCCGCCUUCCCUGUGUGCUACCCACUGAGCCGCCUGCUGGACUGGGCGCUGCGCCAGGAAAUAAGCACCUUCUACACGCGGGAGAAGCUGCUUGAGACGCUGCGGGCCGCGGACCCCUACAGCGACCUGGUGAAGGAAGAGCUCAACAUCAUCCAAGGCGCCCUGGAGCUUCGCACCAAGGUGGUGGAGGAGGUGCUGACCCCUCUCGGGGACUGCUUCAUGCUGCGCUCCGACGCCGUGCUCGACUUCGCCACCGUCUCCGAGAUCCUGCGCAGCGGCUACACUCGCAUCCCCGUGUACGAGGGCGACCAGCGGCACAACAUUGUGGACAUUCUGUUUGUCAAGGACUUGGCCUUCGUGGACCCUGACGACUGCACCCCGCUUCUCACCGUCACCCGCUUCUACAACCGGCCCCUGCACUGCGUCUUCAAUGAUACCAGGCUGGAUACGGUGCUGGAGGAGUUUAAGAAGGGAAAAUCUCACCUGGCCAUUGUCCAGCGGGUGAAUAAUGAGGGAGAAGGGGACCCCUUCUAUGAGGUGAUGGGCAUUGUCACGCUGGAGGACAUCAUAGAGGAGAUCAUCAAAUCGGAGAUCCUGGACGAAACUGACCUCUACACUGACAAUCGGAAAAAGCAGAGGGUCCCACACCGGGAGAGGAAGCGGCACGACUUCUCCUUGUUUAAGCUUUCCGACUCAGAGAUGAGGGUGAAGAUCUCUCCACAGCUUCUGCUGGCCACACACCGCUUCAUGGCCACAGAAGUGGAGCCCUUUAAGUCUCUGUACCUUUCGGAGAAGAUCCUCCUCCGGCUCUUGAAACAUCCAAAUGUGAUCCAGGAGUUGAAGUUUGAUGAGAAGAACAAGAAGGCUCCAGAACACUACAUCUACCAGCGCAACCGCCCUGUGGACUACUUUGUGCUGCUUCUGCAGGGUAAAGUGGAGGUGGAGGUUGGUAAGGAAGGCCUUCGCUUUGAGAACGGAGCCUUCACCUACUAUGGUGUCCCAGCCAUCAUGACCACUGCUUGCUCAGAUAACGACGUGCGAAAGGUUGGAAGUCUGGCUGGAUCCUGUGUCUUUCUAAACCGAUCCCCUUCUCGCUGCAGCGGGUUGAACCGCUCCGAGUCUCCCAACCGUGAGCGCAGUGACUUUGGGGGGAGCAACACCCAGCUGUGCAGCAGCAGCAACAACCUCUACACGCCCGACUACUCAGUCCACAUCCUCAGCGAUGUGCAGUUUGUGAAGAUCACACGGCAGCAGUACCAGAACGCGCUCACCGCCUGCCACAUGGACAGCUCACCCCAGUCACCUGACGUGGAGGCCUUCACUGAUGGAGACUCCACCAAGGCCCCUGCGACCCGGGGCACACCCCAGACCCCCAAGGAUGAUGCUGCUGUCACCCUGCUGAACAACAGGAACAGCCUGCUGUGCAGCCGCUCAGACGGGCUAAGAAGCCCCGGCGAGGUCGUGUACUUGAGGAUGGAGGAGAUGGCAUUCACCCAGGAGGAAAUGAUGGACUUCGAGGAGCGCAGUACACAGCAGCUCUCAUUGUCUCCUGCAGCUGUUCCCACCAGAGCAGCAUCAGAUAGUGAAUGUUGUAAUAUUAACCUGGACACAGAGACCAGCCCCUGCAGUAGCGACUUUGAGGAAACUAUGGGCAAGAAGCUGCUGAGAACCUUGAGUGGUCGAAAAAGGAAGAGGUCAUCAGAUGGAGAGCGAGCCUCUGAGGAGAACUCCAACUUAAUGCCUCUGAUCACAUGACAGGGCAGACAGCAUUCACUGGGUGCGUGAGAUUCCAGAGCUUUGGGGGAGAACCCACCCUCCCAUCGUCUGCUUCCUCCCACAGGUGACAGAGCGUUCUGCUUUCCUUACCAUCUCUUCACCCCUAGCUGUCAGUUUGGCAGAUUUUCCCUCAUUGCCUCCAGUUUGACGCAGAGCCUUCCUGUGGCCAUAAUGGGAGGUGCCUGCGAUGGAACAUGCUAGAAAUGGUCUUGUCCACAGCACAGUCUGAGACUGGAGAAGAAAUGACCCCAAGCUGACAGUGCCACUCUGGGACCCCUGAUGCCCUUUUAGUUCUUUGGGAUCCCCUGAUGCCAUAUUUCAUGCUUAGCUUAACUCAGAAGGUGCCACUGGCAGACAGGCACAUAGGAGGCUGGAGUAGCAGGUAUGAAGGUUAAUUUCAGGAGAUGCACCAAGAAUUCCUCCAGAACUUUAGAGCAGUGGGACUCAGCCAUGUUGGCAUGUGAAGUUACAGUACAGAAAACUGUCAGUGACCAGUUUCCUGUAGAUAAGGGUUCCAGCAACCUGGGAAGUGUGCCUCAGCUGGAAGGGAAAGAAUGUGAGAUGGAACCUCAAGUCACUGUUUUCCCCAGGGACAUAUCUGUUUUGGCUCCCAAUCAGCAGUCAUUGAUCCAUGGAUAAAUCUGCUCUGGAAGAGGAGCAGGGAGCAGAGAGACCCAAUUGGGAGCCAGAGAUGCAACUUCAGGUUUUAAGUUCAAAUCAAAG